AUGGAUAGAAGUUGGAUGCUAAAUAAGAAUAAAUUUAGUUCAGAAUAUAUUAAAGGGGUGCGUAGUUUCUUAGAUGUUGCAAAACAACAUGUUGACUCCAGUGGUAGGAUUCAAUGUCCUUGCAAAAAUUGUAACAAUUGUUACUUGAAAAAAGUGGCAGAGGUGAAACAAGACUUGUUUCUUCAUGGGUUUGUUGAGGAUUAUACUCAAUGGACACAUCAUGGUGAGUCUUUUGAAUCAGAUGUUGGUAUUCAUUUGGGUGAUUCACAUGAUGAUGAUAAUCUUAGUGAUCAAGUUGAAGAUCGACAUGACAAUACUUUUGAAAUGUUAAAAGACAUGCGCAAUUCUAAUUUCACAGAAUUUAGUGCUGAACGACCCUCAAGCAAUCAUGAAACAACCUCAUCUGAAAAGGAAAUAGAGAAAUUUGCUAGAUUGUUGAAUGAUGCUCAAUGCGAACUAUACCCAGGUUGUAAGAAGUAUUCCAAAUUAUCAUUUCUUAUCAAGAUGAUUUAUAACAAAACAAUUACUAAUUCUAGCAAUAAGUCCUUCAGUAUGAACUUAGAGUUAUUCAAGGAUGCUCUCCCAGAAGGUGAAACACUUCCCAAAUCUUAUUAUGAGGUGAAAAAAUUGAUGCAUGAUCUUGGCCUUGGUUAUAUCACCAUAGAUGCAUGUGUGAAUGAUUGCACACUAUAUUGGAAGGAGUAUGAGCAUUUAGAUACAUGCCUUAAUCCGAUGUGCAGAGCCCCUCGAUGGAAGUAUGGUUUGGGUAAAUGUAAGAAGAUUGCUCAAAAGGUAGUUAGAUAUUUUCCUUUGAAACCUAGACUUCAAAGAUUAUUUAUGUCGAAGGAAAUUGCUAAGGAUAUGAGGUGGCAUAAAGAAAAGCGGGUAAAUGAUGAUGUUAUUAGGCAUCCAGCUGAUGCUGAGGCAUGGAAAGAGUUUGAUAAGGAAAAUGAUUGGUUUGCUCGAGAUCCUCGCAAUGUGCGACUUGGGCUUGCAAGUGAUGGAUUUAACCCAUUUGGCAAUAUGAGUACCAGUUAUAGUAUGUGGCCGGUCAUUUUACUUCCUUACAAUUUGCCACCUUGGAAAUGUAUGAAGGAGCCAUUUUUAUUUUUAUCCAUGCUUAUACCAGGUAAGGAUUCUCCUGGUAAUGAUAUUGAUGUUUAUUUACGGCCAUUAAUAAAUGAACUAAAAGCAUUAUGGGAAAAUUGGUGUGGAGACAUUUGA